GAAGGUGAGGUUCAAGGUUUUGUUUUCAUUUGUUUAAGCUUUAAAAUGUUAAAUAUAUUCCAGUCCUGACAAGCUGCACAUCACAUACUAUUUACAGACACUAAGCAACGGUGUAUGUCUGACGUAUUGAUUAAGGCGACUGGUGUCAUUUGAAAACAUGAAAACGGAGUCCAUCGGAGAUGAUCUGUUGGUCUCAUGCCAUAGUUUCUGAAUAAGGAAAAGUUUGGUUUGUUUAAUGACACCACUGGAGCACAUUGAUUAAUUAAUCAUCGGCUAUUGGAGGAUAUCAGAUAUUUGACUGACGGACUGUGAAGAGAAGGCAUGCAACGUGUGACAGACUCGAGAUCUCUGUUACAACAUGACGGCGUUAAUUCUGUCGACUCGAAGCCUACAUUGACUGAGAACAUCGUUCACUUCCAUCCUACCGAGGAGUCCCAGGACCGCUUUGAACAGGAGCCUGUCGACUGUGAAUUAGAAACAGACUUUUACCAGCCCAGUCUGGAAGAUGGUCAGGAAGUGAUCGCACCAUCUUGUGUCAAAACAAAACUCAAAGUUGGGGAAAUGAAACGAUCAUCUGAAAAAAGAUAUCAGUGCAAAGACACUCCACAUAGCAAACUCGAAUCUAAUGUUCAAAAGAAUUGGUGCAAGAAUGGUCCAAACAGCAAAUCUGUACUUGUCAACAGCAGACCUACGCAUAUGGACGUUAGUAACAAGUCGUCAUUGUUUGAGAACGAAGUUGUACAGUACAUUGAUUCAUCGACACAAGUUGAUGACAUCAUUGAUGUUGAAAGCACUGACGAUGGAACAGACGUGGUUUCCAAUGUUAAAUCUGGCAGAGAGAGGCCGAAUGGCGUUACUAAACACCAGCAUUCUAGCAUACACAUUGCUAUUCCCAUCAACAUCGUCAAACCUAAUGGACAAUGUUUCACCAAAACUCUCAUCGGCAAGGUGAAGGUUGGUCCGAAAUGUUUUCCCACAUCGUGUGAUAUGCCGCAAAUUCCCGGCAAGGGAUCGCAAGAGAAGAUCCAACUAAACCUGGGUCCAAACAUCCGAGUUGUUGACAAAGAGCUCUUCACGUUGCAGAACAAUGUAUCGCUGGUGGGCAAAACUAUCAGGUUUAUCGAUCCAGACCCGGCAACGCUGUCGGAAACAAACAGUCAUUUAAUACGGGAGAAAGCGAGGAGACAGUGCUUGGUCACGAACUUUAAAUUUCUUAAAAGUGUCAUUCCCUGCCUUGCCCCUUCCGAGAGAAAGGUGUGUUCUCCGAAGCAAACAAUAUUAAUUGAAGCAAAGAAAUACAUCUGUAGGCUGGAGUCUGAGUCGCAGGUUCUGAAACGGCAGCUAAAACUGUUGAAGGAGAAGAAUUGUAUUCUCGUGAACCACCUCAAAACCAAAAUGACGUGCGAAGUCGUCGUCGUCAGGUGCGAAAAAGUUGGCGACAGAAACAUAUUUGAGUCAUUCAUCAGCUGUACUGCCAAGGACAAUGUUUGAGCUUGUGGUUACACACAACAGUAUUUGUACAUAUAUUUUCGUGGGGCAUUUGUAUAGACAGGGUUUCUGCCAGAGGGUAAAAUGGGUUAUGGCGCCAUACCCAAAUUCUGUUGCAAAUGUUUUUUUUGUUUUUUUUAAGUUAACCUUUUCACAGAAUUAAUUACUUUUAUCAUUACUGUAUGAGUUUCAUAACCCUAACCUUAAACUUAACUUAUUUUCUUUCAGGAGGAGGGCCCCCUCCCCCCCCCCCCCUCCCAUACCCCAUUGUUGACUGGUUACAUUCAAUUCCAUAGCACCAUACCCCCCAAAAAAAUUGAAACACUGAAUUAGAGAAUGACUAGUUAAUGAUGUAGGAUAUUGGCUGUAUCCUGUGAAGGUAAGAAUAGGGAAGUUUAGCCUGAACGGGUUAAAGUCGAUAUCCUAUGUCAGUAACUAAUUAUGAUCUUUAUGACCCUACUUUUUUUGAAGAGUAUAUUAUAACAAUAGUGGGAAUCUGAGUAAGUAGAUGUACAUGUAAUUAGCCCAGCAGAACGGGGAUGGGACAUAGCCCAGUGGUAAAGGCACUCACUCGAU